AUGGCGGAGAAUAGCAAACCUCAAUUCGCGCUUCCCAAGAUCUUCGAUUGUGAAGGUGGAUGGGGUCCCGUCACUGACGUGAUCCCUCCUCAAUUCCGUGACAUUCCUUAUGCACCUUACAGCAAGGGCGAUAAGCUGGGUCGCGUGGCUGACUGGACUAAUCCCGAUGGUCAGAAGCAAGACAACCGCGAAGUGCAAGGACGUCAAGGCCGAGCUGGAUUCAACCGUUUCAACAGAGAACAACAAGCUUACGGUGCCGCUUUCGCUUCUGCAUUCACAUACACCCACACCGAGGAUGAAUCUUCCUUCUCAGUUGUCGAUAACCGUUCUGCCAUUGCCAAGAAGAUGGCUCUCAAGACAACCAGCGGCAUCCGCAACCGUCCUCAGAACAAGCAACAGCAGACCACCAACUACCGUAACGCCGGCCAACGUCCUAUGGCCGGUGGCAGACAGCAGCAAAACCGCAGACGCUACGGCUACAAGGAUUACGAUAAGCCCCAACGUCUCCGAAACGCAUCGAUUACUAUUGGCGCUGACUGGAAGGUUUUGGAUGAGAUCGAGUUCAGCCGCUUGAGCCGUUUGAAUUACCCUAUCCCUCAACCAGUGGAUGUUGCCACUUAUGGUUCUGUCAACUACUACAACAAGGCUUAUGAUCGCGUCAACACAAAGAACGAAAAGCCUCUUCAUCACAUCGAUCGUGUCAAAUACGAACCUACUACGUCCGAAGAUCCUGUUAUGCAGCAAUUCGUUGAACAAAACAAGGCUACGGUAUUCGCCACCGAUGCCGUUCUGUCGCUCUUGAUGUGCUCUACCAGAACCGUGUAUCCUUGGGAUAUUAUUGUGAAGAAGGAAGGUGACAAGGUGAUCUUGGACAAGCGAUUCGGUGGUGUCUUCGACUUUGUCACUGUCAAUGAGAACACAUACGAUCCUCCUGCCGAGAACGAGAAGGAUACCAUCAACUCAUGGUCAGCUUUGAGCACAGAAGCCACUGGUAUCAACCGCAACUUCUGCCGACAAGUAUUAGAGCAAAAGAGUGUCAACUUUGAAAAUGCCAACCCAUUCGCAUCCGACGAUACCAAGGACCGAUUGGCAUCAUGUGGAUACCGUUACCGACAGUUUGAUCUCAGCAAUCCUGGUCAGUCCGAGGAUGAAGAACCUAUUCACAUGAUUGUCCGCACUGAAGUGGAUGCGGCUAUCAAGAUGGGUAACCAGACCUCGUACGCCACUAUCCGUGCUUUGAACGAAUUCGAUCCUACUGCUCAGGGCGCCGGUGGUGCUCUUCCAUGGAAGAAGAGCUUGGAUUCUCAGCGUGGUGCUGUCGUGGCUACCGAAAUGAAGAACAAUGCUGCUAAAUUGGCUCGCUGGGCUGUUCAGGCUUUGUUGGCCGGCGCUGACCAGUUGAAGCUCGGUUAUGUCGCUCGUAUGAACCCCAAGGACAACUCACGCCACGUCAUUUUGGGUACCCAGGCUUACAAGCCUCGCGAUUUUGCUGCUCAGAUGAACUUGUCCUUGACCAACGGUUGGGGUAUUGUCAAGGCUGUGGUUGACAUGUGUCUGCAGCUGCCGGAAGGCCGUUACGUAUUGAUGAAGGAUCCUAACCGACCUAUUCUUCGAAUCUACGUUGUUCCUGGCGAGGAAGAUUUGCAAGAGUAUGAUGAGGACGACGAGGGAACCGAAGCUGCUGAAGAACCCGAGAGCCAAAAGUAG